AUGCUUUUUUUUUUCCUUCUGCUACGCUUGAUAACACUAUUUCUUUUGACGAAACGUAGCAAGGCAUAUAGCAGUGGCAGUGGCAGUAGCAGUAGCAGUAAUAAGAAGCCGUGUAAACAUGUAAGCAAAAUUGUGCUCACUAAACUUAAUAACAAGUACCGCAUUAAAGAGGAUAUAAUAAACUAUAAUAGGUUUAAAUAUGUGUACAAUAUAAAAAAUCAUCCAAUACAUGUAGUAACUGAGAGUUUAGUAAACUUUUUAAAAACGAGGAUGCCUUUCUGCCUAGUAUACAAUAAAUGUCCACUCUAUGACAGUAAUUUAUGUUUCAAAGAUAUUUUAAUAAAAGAUAAAAAUGAUACGACAUCAUUGAAAAAUAAUUUUUACUUUUCAAGUAGUUAUUUGUACAUCCCCCAGGCAACCUCUUUAUUUCCUUAUAUCUAUGAGCUAUUAAAUGGGGUUGGGAUAUAUCAAGGUGAGAAGAAAAUCAAUAUAGGUGAAAAAAAGGAUAAAAAAAAACAUAAUUGUAACAAUGAGGAAUAUGCAUGUUCGGUUAAAAUGUAUGAUGAGGAUGCAAACUUUGUUGGGAAAUUGAAAAAUGAAAAAAAUCUUAAUAAAGAGAAAAAUACAAAAGGAGUAAAUCUCAGUUUUGGAGAGAGUGCUUUAUAUAAUGAUGUGGAAAAAGGAUAUGAUAAAAAUUUAAAUGAGAGCGAGCUUUACAAUAAGAGCAGUAGCACGAACCAAGUGCCCUACACUCACUUAGACGAUCUUAAUAAUAAGAGUAUAAAUUAUUUUCACAAUGAAAAAGACAAUUUUGUUAUAGUAUCGAACGUUUUUCGAAAAGAUAAUAUUGAUAAACUACACUUUCCUUUUUUUACACAAAUGGAUGUAUAUAUUAAAAUAAAAAACGAACUAAUCGACAAAAGAAAACAACUUGUUUAUUUCUUAUCUGACAUGUUAUCAAAUAUAUUUGGACAUACAUAUAAAUGGAGAAUCAAAAAAGAUACUUUUGAUUUUACAAAAUAUUCGUUGCAAGCUGAAAUUUUUUAUAACAACAAAUGGAUAGAAAUUUUAGGUAGUGGAAUAUUAAGAAAAAAAAUAAUUUUUCAAAAAAUUAGAAAAUAUGAUAUACAUGAUUAUUUAGCUGUAGGAUUAGGCUUAGACAGAAUUGCUAUGAUUUUAUUUGAUAUCAACAGGAUUCGAAAUCUUUAUUUGUAUAUUUCUAAUACAGAGAGAAAUAGCAUAUCACAGAAGGGAACAUCAAACCUAGAAACAGAAGAGCAUGCACUAGGAAAAGGCGAACUAGAAAAAGACCAACUUGGAAAAGAACGACUAGGAAAAAACAGCAAUAGGAUAAAAACCACCCAGUUGUAUGAUGGCAAACUGUAUAACAGUUCAUAUGUGAAAGACAACAAGUUUAGUAUUGAAACAAUGAGUGAAGCGAAAAAUGGGCAAGGAGUAAUUAGAGGAGCAGAACAUAACAUUUUGAACAAUUCUCCAAAAAAAGAAGGCAUAAAGUUAAAGGAUGAGUUAAACAAAAGUUUUAAGAGAAACACACGCAUGAAUGAAAAAAAAAGAAAUGAAGAUUUUUUAUAUUUUAUUAAUUUAUAUAAUAUAAAAAACGAAGAACGACACUUGUCCUUCUAUGCAAGCUCUCAGUGGAACAGCCAGAUGUUUAUAAAAAGUAUUUAUAACUUUAAAAACAUAAAAAACAUCAACUUUUUGAAAAAUAUCCUUCUCUUAGAUAAGUUUUUUAACAGUAAUUGCAACAGAAUGAGCUACACCUACAAGUUCGUUUAUGCCGCUGGGGCCAACAUAAAGGAACAGCAAACUUUCAGAAAUUACGUAAAGGAUGUGCACGAACAGGUGGUAGAACGAAUCGCAAACAUGUAUGAUAUAAGCAUUAGAUAA